UAUGUGAGCGUGUGUGAGCCAGCAGAGCCGCCUGUGUGUUUACAUGUCAGCCUAUCAGUGCUGCCGGAUUUAGCGCAUCUGGAGAGGACGAAGGCAUUUCUCAAAUGCCCCUCAGACAAGGGGAUUCUCAGCGCUGCAUACAUCCCUCUUUCCCCAUCUAGCCUGUCUUGAAUCCUGCAUCUCUGUCUCCAUGCUUUCGGAAGCAUUUUGAAUUUCCUUGGCAACAUGGAGCUGCCUGAAUUAGAAUUCUCUGCAUGACAGUCCUGGUAAGCAGUAGGAUGGUGUCUGGCGAGGCAGGAGGGCACAGCUACCUGGUGGCAUGCUGGCAGCCCAUCCUGAUCCUCAUGCUGGGCACCGUCCUUUCGGGCUCCACCACCGGUUGCCCCUCCCGAUGUGACUGCAACGGUCAGGAGCGUUCAGUCGUGUGCAAUCGACGGAGACUGGCAGCUCUUCCUGAGGGCAUACCCACGGAAACUAAGCUGCUAGACCUCAGCAAGAACCGUCUGAAAACUCUGGGGCCUGAGGAGUUCAUUAAUUACCCUCAGCUGGAGGAACUGCAACUUAACGAAAACAUAAUUUCAUCCAUUGAACCUGGGGCUUUUGGUAACCUCAUGAACCUUCGAAUCCUAGGUUUACGUAACAACCAGCUAAAGCUCAUUCAGCUGGGGGUGUUCACAGGCCUGACCAACCUCACCCAGCUGGAUAUAAGUGAGAACAAAAUUGUCAUUCUGCUCGACUAUAUGUUUCAGGAGCUGUACAACCUGAGGGCUCUGGAAGUUGGUGACAAUGACCUAGUAUUCAUCUCACCCCGAUCGUUUCAUGGCCUCAGCAACCUUGAAAGCCUCAAUAUUGAGGGAUGCAAUCUGGCCUCAGUGCCCACUGAUGCCCUGAGCCAUCUGCAUAACCUGUUGUCACUUCGAUUACGCUAUCUCAAUGUCACUGUCAUGAGGGAUUACUCCUUUAAAAGGCUGUAUCGGCUCAGAGUGCUGGAGAUUUCUCAAAUGCCGGCCCUGGAUACCAUGACUGCAAAAUGCUUAUUUGGACUCAACCUCACAUCAUUGUCCAUCACAAACUGUAAUCUCACAGUUAUCCCCUACCAAGCCAUCAGUCACCUAAGAUAUCUUCGGUUUUUGAAUAUGUCUUUCAAUCCCAUUCAUAAUGUGGAAGGGAACAAACUGUUCAAUCUGCAGAAGCUCCAGGCUUUUCAUUUGGCUGGUGGAAGAUUAGCUGCCAUUGAGCCCUACUCUUUCCGAGGACUGAACCACCUCCGUGUACUCAAUGUGUCCAGCAAUAGCUUAAACACCCUGGAGGAGUCCGUCUUCCACUCAGUGGGAAACCUGGAGACUCUGGCUUUGUAUGACAACCCGUUGGCCUGCGACUGCCGCUUGCUCUGGGUCUUCCGCCGGAGGUGGAGGCUCAACUUUAACAGACAACAGCCCAUGUGUGCUUCACCUGACGUUGUUCAAGGAAAAGAGUUCAAAGAUUUCCCAGACAUUCUCCCUUCUAAUUAUUUCAUCUGCCAGAAAUCAAAGAUCAUGGAUUAUAAGGUUCAAGAAAGCCAUGUCGAUGAAGGAACAACGGUUCAUUUUGCUUGCCAAGCUGAGGGUGAUCCGGACCCUGUGAUAAUGUGGCUAUCCCCUAAGAAGGACUACAUCACUACCAAAACCGCGGGGUCAAGACUUUCUGUGUCUAAUGAGGGCACAUUAGAGGUACGUUAUGCCCAAAUCCAAGACAACGGCACCUACUUGUGCAUUGCAAGCAAUGCAGCAGGCAAUGACACCAAAGCUGCUCAUCUUUUUGUGCAUAGCUACUCCCCCAAUUGGCCCCACCAGCCAAACAAGACAUUUGCCUUCAUUUCCAACCAGCCCAGCGAUGAAGGAGCUAAUGUGACCCGGGCCACCAUUACAUUUCCGUUUGAUGUAAAGACACUUAUCAUUGCAACCACCAUGGGAUUUAUCUCUUUCCUCGGAGUUGUCCUCUUCUGUCUUGUAAUAUUAUUCCUCUGGAGUCGAGGGAAAGACAAUAAUAAGUCAAGUAUAGAGGUUGAAUAUGUGCCACGUAAAGAGGAACCAGAGGAGGCCAGUCCAACUGAGGCACCCAUACAAUUCAACAUGAAGAUCAUGUGAACCUCGAAUGGAGGCCAUGUCAGCUUACAAACUGCAGUUGGGAUGCAUACCAUCUUCGCUUCAAAUAUGUACUCAGUUUAUGAGCGAUAGAAAUUGCACAGCAGCAAACGCAUCUUGACACUAUACCCUUGAAUUUUCUCUUCUUUUUUUUUACAUCAGGGACUGAAUCUUUAAAAUCAAUUGUUGAAUUUCAAAUAUUCAAAUUUCUGUACAUUUCUAUUGGCAAUACUCAAUCAGUAUGUUAACAUGCACUCAACAACCCCAAUUACUGUGUGUAACCAAAUGAAGGUAAUAGUUUAAAUAAAGCACAUUGAUCACAGUAGAAGGAUUUUCAAAAAUAAACUGAGUUUACAUGAUAGGUGACUGACUGUCUGGAAGGAAGAGGAGAUGAGUCAGCAGGGACCAUCUUUCUAUCAGCACAAAAUAGGUUCGAGUUGUUUUGAUCCUGUUGCCGUAUUGUGCUUUGAUGGAUGUACAAAGCACAAUAACCCAAGUUCUGUUGCUUGAAAUGCUAAGUUGAAAUCAAUUUCUCCAUUUCAUAUGGUCCCAUCACAAGCAAUUGAUAUGACAAUAUGACAUGAGUAUUAGGAGUAUUUUAUUUGAUAUAAAUAGCAAAGAAAAGAGAAUAUUUUUAGAGAAAGAAAGGACAAUAUCAAUGUUACUGUAAAAUACCUAAGUAAUGGUUUGAGAAUACGGUUAUAUUUAGAGAAAGAAGUUGUAAUAUAUGUAAAAUGUCAUGUGUUAAAAAACACAUUUUUCGAUCGUAAUUUUCUGAAGGUUUUAGUAUUAUGAAGUAGUUGGUGGAUUAGACAGCGGAGACAGUGUAACUCACCACCCUUUGAGAGUCUGUGAGCAGAGACCUUUAACAUCAUUAAAUUGUGUUUUGAUGUUUUCCUAGCACACUUCAGCACUGCUGCCUUGAAAAAAACAUGUCCAAGAAAAUCAAACCGUAGCCUGUAUCUCUUACUUGUCAUAGACAAGUAAUUUUAUCAAUUGGGCUUCAAUUUGACUGUGUCUAUCAGUUAUAAUAACUGGAGCAUUUCCUUAAUCUGGUAACAGUGAAAUUAGAAGUGUGCAUGUUAACACACUGAAGAAAAGAAAAUUAGGCCAGUCCUAGAGUAUGUGAUCCUUUCUGCCAACAAAGGAAGUUUGUCAUUAAAUGUAUUAACAUGUCCAGCUAUACAUAUUCUUUCUGUAUUUUAUUCUUUCCUUGUACAAUAUGCUAUGGCACAAUAGUAAUGCUUUUAAUGGCUGUGAGUUUUGAACAUAUUACAAUCUAAAGAGCAGAUUAAAUAUUCAUGUUUUUGAUGUGACUAAACCAAAAGAGAGUGUUACAUCUUUUCAGAGUACCUUUGAAAAUCAUCAGAUUAACAAUUCAUCAUCGAGUGCAACAAAGUUCAUUUGUUUACCGCUUUGGCAGCUCAAUAUGUGUGAGCAGUCUACCCCAGUCCUGAGGUUAUAUUGUCACCGGUGAAUCUAAAAAAAUGCUGACAUUAUUAAUGUGUUGCUUUAAGUAACCCAUUUUCCAGCUUUCAGCUGAGCAAUACUCAAUAUUUAUGCGUAAAAUUGAGUUUUAUGCCUCAUAGGGAUUUUAUGUUUAAUUCAUUUCACAGUCAAGGUCUGCUCUGAAGAUAAUGUGUUCAUUAACUCUUAAAAUACUUGUUUAAAAAAAAGGGAUGGGCAGAUGGAAAUUCUAUUAAAAUAAAUAACAUUUUAUACUA